AUGACUUGCAAGUUUGAGAGGCCGCAGGAGCCCAAGCAGGCAGACUAUCACACUAGUGACUUGAUAAAGAAGCAGGACCAAGAUGCAGAUUAUUACCCCGUCGAGAAUCCUACAUCACCAUUCACUCAACUUUUAAACUCGCUGCAGUCAGGUCUCUCAUUUUCUCUAGCCCACAACCUGCGGGAUGCCUCCAUGGCCUACUUCCUCACAUCGUACAUCUACGCUACUCCCUUUCAAGGAUACGUCCCUUUGCUCUGCCUAGAUGAUCCGGACCUCGAGGAUGCAUGCUCAAUCACCAUCUCUGCCACAGCGCUGGCCGCUUAUUCACGACGGGUCAGAUCGGCGGAAUAUCUGGAAUCUGCGAGGCAAAAAUACGCCAUAGCCUUGAGUGAAGUCAACAAGCUGCUGUCGAAGCCUGAAACCGCGAUACUGGAUAGAACCCUGGCAUCCGUCUUAGUCCUUGGCUUGUUUGAGGCCAUUGUCUUUGAAGGAGGCAAGUCACCUACCAGCUGGACUGCUCACACUUUUGGUUCUAUGCAACUCCUUCGGUUACGGGGUCCCCAGCAGUUCAAGUCGACCGUCUCCCGGAAGAUGUUUGCCCAUGCCAGCAACAACAUCAAGACCAGUUGUAUCCAAAGAAGCGUCCCCGUUCCGGACGACUUUAUCGCCUUCGAUGAGCAGGUCCUAGUCCUUCAUGACCCUAAUGAGCCAACUGUCAAGCUGUCGCCUAUGAUCCAUCAAGUCGCCUCGAUCAAGGCAAGGUCAAUAGCUAGCCCGGACUGCAAUCUAGUUCACGAGGCCCUGAGCCUAGAUCACGAGAUCGUAACUCUUUGCAAGAAUUGUCCUUCCUGGAUGGCGUAUAGCGUCGAACCCGCUUCCGAUUCCGCAGCCUGGGCGUAUGAACGUAUUUGUCAUCGUUAUCCCAGCGCGCGCAUCGCCAAAUUAUGGAACGCUAUUCGACUGCUUCGUAUAUUCCUAGCCGUCUUCAUCCGAGACGUGGCUACCGGGCAACUUGAUUGCGGCCUAUCAAGACUUAACCUUCCAGACUCGAAAGUAACUCGAGAAAAAUACCUCUCUCAGCUUCACCAAUACGCCGAAGACAAUAUGAGGAUAGUCACGACAGAAGUGCUGGCAAGCAUCCCAAGCUUUAUGGAAACCGACGAUUUCGGACGACGCUUCUCGCCGGCGGGUAGGAGUCUUGCUUGGCCGCUGGGUAUCAUCGAGAACACCAAAAUCUGCGGGACUUCAGCCCAGAAGUACGCUUACAAGUACUUGGACAUGCUUGCCGGGGAUUUAAAUCUGCCCCAGGCUGUACAUCCAUCACGAUUUGUUGAUUCCCGAGAAGACUGGUAA